AGCCUCACUCGGGCAAUCCUGGGCUCGAAACUGCUCAGUGGAAAUCUUGGGACUUUUUGGACACCCAGAGAACAGGUCCCAGAUACCGAGUCCGCAACUCCAAACAUCGCGAUUAAUAGGAGGUGAACACAGCUUUUCUCUUCUCUUUGGGAUGCUUUGUUGUCUGGUGGUGACUGUGCCCAUGGGUGAGUUGUAUCGGAAAAUCGUCAUGUGAGGAUCAGAGGGGAAAAGAAAACAGAGGCCUCUGGUCCCUGCCUGCCCUGGGUGCUCAUGGAACCAGCUGCUGCUCUGCACUUCUCCCUGCCAGCCUCCCUCCUCCUCCUCCUGCUCCUCCUCCUUCUCAGCCUGUGUGCACUGGUCUCAGCCCAGUUUACUGUCGUGGGGCCAACUAAUCCCAUCCUGGCCAUGGUGGGAGAAAACACUACAUUACGCUGCCAUCUGUCACCCGAGAAAAAUGCUGAGGACAUGGAGGUGCGGUGGUUCCGGUCUCAGUUCUCCCCCGCAGUGUUUGUGUAUAAGGGUGGGAGAGAGAGAACAGAGGAGCAGAUGGAGGAGUACCGGGGAAGAAUCACCUUUGUGAGCAACGACAUCAACAGGGGCAGCGUGGCCCUGGUCAUACAUAACGUCACAGCCCAGGAGAAUGGCAUCUACUGCUGUUACUUCCAAGAAGGCAGGUCCUACGAUGAGGCCAUCCUACGCCUCGUGGUGGCAGGCCUUGGGUCUAAGCCCCUCAUUGAAAUCAAGGCCCAAGAGGAUGGGAGCAUCUGGCUGGAGUGCAUAUCUGGAGGGUGGUACCCAGAGCCCCUCACAGUGUGGAGGGACCCCUACGGUGAGGUUGUGCCCACCCUGAAGGAGGUUUCCAUCGCUGAUGCUGACGGCCUCUUCAUGGUCACCACAGCUGUGAUCAUCAGAGACAAGUAUGUGAGGAAUGUGUCCUGCUCUGUCAACAACACCCUGCUCGGCCAGGAGAAGGAAACUGUCAUUUUUAUUCCAGAAUCCUUUAUGCCCAGCGCAUCUCCCUGGAUGGUGGCCCUAGCUGUCAUCCUGACCGCAUCUCCCUGGAUGGUGUCCAUGACUGUCAUCCUGGCUGUUUUCAUCAUCUUCAUGGCUGUCAGCAUCUGUUGCAUCAAGAAACUUCAAAGGGAAAAAAAGAUUCUGUCAGGGGAAAAGAAAGUUGAACAAGAGGAAAAAGAAAUUGCACGUAAGGAAUUUGUAAAGAAAGUGAUGGAGAAGAACAUUCUUACAUGCUGUGAGUUCUCAUCUUGUCAUUCGGCACCUCUGCCUGUCAGCACCAAAGAAUCCAAACUUUACCAGAUACCAGGGCCCAUGGACCUUUCCUCUUUGAGCCACGAUUCUUCUCAACCUGGGGGCACUGCUUCUGUCUCUGGAGAGAUAGAAGUGCAGCUUCCGUAAUUCUCAGGGUAUGAGCUGCCUGGGAUCAGGGGACCUUCAUGGAAACAGCCACUACAUGGGGAACCCCCUUCAGCUUUCUGAGACUUCUCUGGGGACCAGGAACCACACAAUCCCCAGGUUCCUGAGACCCCAGGCAUAAACCUGAGACUUCCUCUGCAGCUGAUGUGGUCCUGGAUCCAGACACCGCUCAUCCCGAGCUCUUCCUGUCAGAGGACCGGAGAAGUGUGAGGCGGGGCCCCUACAGGCAGAGAGUGCCUGACAACCCAGAGAGAUUCGACAGUCAGCCUUGUGUCCUGGGAUGGGAGAGCUUCGCCUCAGGGAAACAUUACUGGGAGGUGGAGGUGGAAAACGUGAUGGUGUGGACUGUGGGGGUCUGCCGACACAGUGUUGAGAGGAAAGGGGAGGUCCUGCUGAUUCCUCAGAAUGGCUUCUGGACCCUGGAGAUGUUUGGAAACCAAUACCGGGCCCUGUCCUCCCCUGAGAGGAUUCUCCCUUUGAAGGAGUCCCUUUGCCGGGUGGGUGUCUUCCUGGACUAUGAAGCUGGAGAUGUCUCCUUCUACAACAUGAGGGACAGAUCACACAUCUACACAUGUCCCCGUUCAGCCUUUACUGUGCCUGUGAGGCCCUUCUUCAGGUUAGGGUCUGAUGACAGCCCCAUCUUCAUCUGCCCUGCACUCACAGGAGCCAAUGGGGUCAUGGUGCCUGAAGAGGGCCUGACACUUCACAGAGUGGGGACCCACCAGAGCCUAUAGAAUCAAUUCCUUGGACUCACAGCCAUGCAGAUAAGCCCUGGCCAUCUCAGCAGCCACCGCACAACCCCGCUAAUGAAAGACACGCCCUCCUCCCCUCUGGUCACGUAAGAGAACAUCUUCCAGCUGCCUUUUUCACACCCACUCCAGCCCUCUGCCCCAGUUUUCUCCUCCUCACUAGGCUGUGGCUUUAGUAGUUCCUUUGCUUGUAAUUACGGGAUGGGAUCCAGGCAUAGGGAACUAGUUGUUUCAUAGCUCCCAGUCAAAAAGAAAGUGAGAGAAGCUGUUGGGCAGCGAACCUACUGUUUAAAAUCAGGAUAACCACAUUAAGCCCAAUAUGCCAGUUGGCACCAGAUGCUGUGGACUUGGAAUGAGGCCUACAGGGUUCACCAGGAUGAGAGAGGAGAGAGGAAUCCACAGGACCACCAGAAGGGAGAGGGAACCAGAUAUGCAGAUCAGAGAUAGAGGAAGUGGAACCAGAGAGCUGGGAGGGACCAAGGUUGUAAGGAUGGCUAAGUCCCACCAUAAGAGCUAAGGGGUCCUGGGAGAUGAUGGCUCAUUUCCACCAAACCCCAGGAUUUCCACAGCACACACCCACAGGCCUGGACCUGGGAUGAAGAUGAAUGAAGAACAUGGACUCAUGUGGAUGUGGUUUGGCUCAGAUGUCCCUGCAAUAAACAAGGGGUCAGUACUUAGUCCCUGAGUGUGGUUGAGGUUUGAGGUCCUGGUCGAGCAGGGCAGUACUGGACCAGGUCUACGUCAGCAUUCAGGUUCAAUGGAGACACCAGUGGCUUCAAACUUCCUGAUCUAAUUAUGUUUUUAGACACUUAGAAAUUAUUGAGGACUUUAAAGAGCUUUUGUUUAUUUGGGUUAAUAUUUAUGACAUUUGACAUUGAAACAAAAAUUUAAAAUGUUAUCUUUUAAUUUAUGUUAAAAUAGCAUUAAUAAAUCAGUUAUAGGUUAAUGUAGAUAGGAUGUUUUGUGAAAAAGCAAUCUAUUGUGUCCAAAUAAAAAAACAAAAAGUGUGA